AUGGCAAAAUCUACAGGUCUAGAUAAGAUCUCAACUAAGCUAAUAAAACAGGCAGGCGAUACAAUAACUGAAUCACUUCUAGAAGUGUUUAACCUAUCUCUUAGGACAGGAAUAUUUCCAGAUGAUUGGAAAUUUGCCAAAGUGACUCCAAUAUAUAGGUCAGAAAACAAAACCUUAUGUGAAAACUAUAGACCGAUAUCAGUCAUUUCAAAUAUCGCCAAAAUAUUUGAGAAAUUAGUCUGUAGACAACUAAAUACCUUCCUGGAUAACAACAACAUAAUUGUAAAAAAUCAAUCAGGUUUCCGUCGCAAUCACUCACCCGAAACCUCGUUACUACAAUCUACUGAAAUGUGGUUGAAAUCAAUGGACCAGGGUCAAAUAAAUGGGGUUAUUUUCUUAGACCUGAAAAAAGCAUUUGAUACGAUUGAUCACCAGAUUCUAUUGUCAAAACUACAAGCUUAUGGGAUACGCGACCAUACGCUCAAAUGGUUCCAAUCGUAUUUAGAUCAAAGAAAGCAAAUUUGCAUGCUAAAUAACGGUAAAUCUGAUAUUGAAACAAUUCGUUGUGGAGUACCUCAGGGUUCAAAUCUUGGACCUCUAUUAUUUCUCAUUUACAUAAACGACCUCCCAAACUGCCUAGAAACAACACACUCUAAUUUAUUUGCUGAUGACACAAUUUUAUCAUGUCAAGGGCAUUUAUCCAUAGAUAUUGAAUACAAACUUAACAAAGACCUAGUAAAUGCUCAAAAAUGGUUAUCAGCGAAUAAACUAACAUUAAACAACGAAAAAACCAAAUAUAUGAUUAUUGGAUCUCGGCAACGAUUGAAAAACUUAGAUCACGUGCCAAAAAUCAGUAUAAACGGACAUCAAAUUGAACGAGUUUAUAAAAAGGAAGCUUUGGGUAUAGUUAUAGACGAUAGACUUAGCUGGAAUAGGCAAAAUGAAGAACAAUGCAACAAGAUAUCAAAAAAUAUUAAUCUUUUAAGAAAAGCCAAAGAUUUUGUUGGCCUAAAUACGCUCAAAAUUAUGUAUAACGCAUUAGUCGCGCCUCAUUUUAACUACUGUUCAACUGUUUGGCAAAAUAACAACCAAACACACUUAGACAAAUUAUAUAAACUUCAGAAACGAGCA